AUGUCAUUGUCCAAGCCCCGGAGCCUCCCUCAACUGGGCGCGGGCGAGGUCACACUGCUGGACCUGGCAGCUGACGACCCGCGAGACACUGUAUCUUUUUCAGACAAAGAAGCUUCGAUCAUCCAACUAUAUCAUCAGAUCCAGGAGCAGGAGUUGGAAAAAGCGCUUCUAGAACAAGAUCUGGAGCCAGUGUCCAUAAGCAAUGCCGAGGAGCUCGCGGCUGCAGAACGCGAGCUACUCGACGCGAGAGCAACCUACACCGUCAGGAAGAAAGUGGUCAGCACCGUCCUCAUAACAGACCCUAUCCUCAAGGCUAUUCAUCUGAAAGGGACAUCCCCUGCUGAGCGAGCUCUUUUCCGUCUGAUCAACCGGCGCGAUGCAUUAUCUCUGGUGCAAGAGAACCUGACCGAGGCGCAUACUUCGACAAUGAAAAAGCUCUCAAACCUCGAGGUAGAGAACUUGCAGCUCCAUCAAGAGAACCAAAAGUUGGCCCGGGAGCUACUUGAACUUACGGAAGACGACGACUCCUGGAGGGAGCAGCUUGAUGACGCUGAGCUCAAGCAGCAGCUUGCGCAACUCGAGGAAGAGCAGAAGAAAAGUAAAUCUCGAUGGGAAGUCAUCAAGAGCGUCGCAAGUGCGAUUGUUGUCGGCAGCGGAGUGAAUUGGGUGGACGACGAGGAUCUCACGGCUCUUGUGCUCGACGAGUCAAAUGAGUAA